AAUCGUAUCAUUCGUGGCGACAAAAAAGGUUUUAUUUGAUUUUUUAUUGGUACGUUAACAUUGUGCUAAACUAAUAUUCAUAUUUGAAAUGAAGAGUUUUAUAAGCUAUACAACCGCAGUUAUAUUUGCAGUCGAUCUACUGGCAACUUCAGGUGAUAUCACAAUGACCUGGACAUCGCCGAUGUUUUCAAAACUAUACUCCAAUGAUACCACCGUAAAUCCACUUCCAAAACCGAUCACUGCAGCUCAAGAUGCGUGGAUAGCCUCACUAAUCAAUGUUGGAGCUAUGGUUGGAGGAUUUCCUUUCAGCUUUAUUUCUGAACACUAUGGAAGAAAAGCAGCUCUAUUAGCAGUUGGAGUUUUCCAUAUUAUAGCCUAUUUGUCAAUGGCUUUUGCAAAAUGUGUAGAAUUAUUUUAUUUUGGAAGGAUUCUUGGAGGACUAGCAGUAGGUGGAGGAUACACUUUACUUCCGAUGUACAUUGCAGAAGUAGCCGAGGAAAAGAAACGAGGUGCCUACUCCGUUACUCUAGGAAUAUUUUGGGGAUUUGGCAACUUUUUACCUUACCUUAUUGGUCCUUUUCUUUCUGUAAGAGUUUUUAACCUUAUUAACUUCUCUUUGCCAUUGCUAUUUGUUAUAUUGUUUUUCUUUCUGGGUACCGAAACGCCAUAUUAUCUUAUUGGUGCUAAUAAACUUGAAAAAGCAGAAGAAGUAUUAAUGUUGUUAAGAGCUAAAGAUCGUAAAAGUGUACAAUUAGAACUAGAAAAUAUUAAAAAUUCUUUAGAACAAGAAAAACAUGAAAAUGUAGGAAGUUUUACAAACAUAUUUACCAACCCUGGAGUAAGAAAAGCUUUUAUUAUUGCAAUUUCCUUAAUAUCAUUUCAACAAUUAUCUGGUUGGAAUGCUAUAACUUUUUAUCUUCAACCAAUAUUUGAAGCAUCUAAUACAAAUCUAAGCCCAGAAAUAUGUGCUCUUAUUAUUGGUGCUUGUAUUUUUGGCUUUGCCUUACCAACUCCAUAUUUCACUGAUAAAAUAAACCGAAAGGUCUUAUUAAUAUUUUCGGACAUUGGUUUAGGUUUAGGAUUGUUAAUUCUGGGCGCAUUCUUCUAUAUAAAAAAUAGAACAAAUUGGAGUAUGACUGCAAUAUCUUGGAUUCCAAUUCCAACACUAAUAAUGUGUACUUUCGCUUUUCAAGUAGGUUUGGCUGCGUUACCUUGGACAAUUUCAUCUGAAAUAUUUCCAAAGAAUGUCAAAAAAUUAUCUUCGGCAACUACAUCGGCUUCUUGCUGGAUAGUGUCGUUUUUAAUUACCCAGUUUUUUAAUACAAUGAAACAGAAUUUGGGUACAGAUGGAACAUUCUUAUUUUACGCUGGUUUUGCUUUUAUUGCAGCAUGCUUUACUUUCUUUUAUGUUCCCGAAACAAGAGGUAAAACUUUUGUCGAAAUUCAGCAAAUUCUUAAAUCCUAAAACAUUUUGGACCAGAUGUUUGAUAUAUUAAUGUUAAUGGGUAAUAUAUAUAUAUAUAUAUAUAUAUAUAUAUAUAUAUAUAUAUAUAUAUAUAUAUAUAUAUUGAAAAUCAGUAAGAAAUGACAGUAAUAUAUAAAACUGCUCUAUAUAAAAUAAAAAGUUAAACCAU